AGCUUUGAAAUAACCGCACACAUACCACACACAGUGAAUUGCUUAUUGUUUAAAAAUUAUAUUGCACACAUUUUUUUUACUUACUUUUUAAGAAUGUAAAAGUGACUAGUACAUAUACGUUUUUAUAUUCACUGACUGUCAGAAAACAAAUGUGGAAAAAUCGUACCUUGCCAAGUCCUCGGUAGAUUCCCGCGGAAUUGGACUCCUUUCAUGCUGUUGCAGCGGGUUAAAGACCUAUAUAAAUCGCACCUGGACAGACUCACAGUCACCACUCAGCCUUACUUCUGUUGACUCACCUGCCAGGAGAACUUCACCGAGGACCAUGUCACUGUCAUCUAUUCUUUCCGCUGAUGCCAUCGACAGUGCGCUCAAGGACUGUCAAGCUCCCGACUCAUUCAACCCCAAAAAGUUCUUCCAGCUGUGUGGUCUGACAAAGAAAAGCCCUCAGGAUGUGAAGAAUGUCUUUAACAUCUUGGACAAUGAUGCCAGUGGAUUCAUCGAGGAGGAUGAACUCAAGUUUUUCUUGCAGCGGUUCUCAGCUGGUGCUCGUGUACUGACUGAUAAAGAGACAAAGGCUUUCCUAUCAGCAGCUGAUGAUGACAGCGAUGGCAAGAUUGGAGCAGAUGAAUUCCAGGCGUUGGUUCUGUCCUGAAUGAUCAGUACACAUCUCACCCCUCUCUUGUACUCAGAUUUCAUUUCAGUUCAGCAGUCUCGCCAUUCCAUACACAGGACUCUUUCCUCCUGGGGUCCCCCUGGUCAAUAGAGUCCACACACGCAGACGCAUACUGUACACACUCCAGAGGUUUUAUUUGAUUUUUGAAUAUGUAGAGGGGCGCACAUGGGCAUUGACCAAAUGUAAAACUACCUGAAAACUAUUUAAGUGAAUAAAUAAAUGGAUCAAAAUAUUUCAAA